AUGGGUGACACAAAUCUUGAUUCUACUGGGGAACCAGCAGGUAAUGCACUUACAGAUCAAAUGAAGGAUGCAAGCAUCAAGGGAGAAGAAGAGGAUAUUGUGAAUCCUUGGAAUGUGCAAAGUACCUCAGCAACUGGAGUGGAUUAUGAUAAGUUGAUCAAGCGUUUUGGAAGCAGCAAAAUUGAUGAUUUGCUACUUCAGAGAAUAGAGAAAGUGAUUAGAAAACCUAUUCAUCACAUGCUAAAGAGAGGGAUCUUCUUCUCCCACCGAGACAUGCAUCAUAUCCUGGACCUUGUGGAGCAAGGAAAACCUUUUUUCUUAUAUACAGGACGAGGUCCUUCAUCUGAUGCAAUGCAUCUUGGUCAUCUUUUACCUUUCAUCAUCACCAAGUGGCUUCAGGAUGCAUUUGAUGUUCCAGCUGUAAUUCAGCUGACUGAUGACGAGAAGUUCCUCUGGAAAGAUCUCAAACUAGAGCAAGUUCAUCAGCUAUCAUAUGAGAAUGCCAAAGACAUAAUUGCCUGUGGCCUGGAUAUUAACAAGACCUUCAUUUUCUCUAACCUGGAUUACAUAGGCAGCUCCAGGGAAUUCUAUGCCAACAUGAAGCGGAUUGAGAAAUGUGUCACCUUCAACCAGGUUAAAGGGAUCUUUGGAUUCGGAGACAGUGACUGUAUUGGGAAAAUCUCAUUCCCAGCAAUCCAGGCUGCACCGUGCUUCUCCAAUUCUUUCCCCCACAUUUUUGGAUCACGAACAGAUAUCCCUGCCCUGAUUCCAUGUGGAAUUGAUCAAGAUCCAUACUUCCGAAUGACUCGGGAUGUUGCACCCCGCAUCAACUAUCAGAAACCUGCAUUGUUGCAUUCCAUUUUUUUUCCUGCUCUACAGGGUGCCCAGACUAAGAUGUCCUCGAGUGAUCCCAAUUCCUCCAUCUUCCUUACUGAUACUCCAAAGCAAAUCAAGACCAAGAUUAACAAGCAUGCCUUCUCAGGUGGCCAGUCGACUGUGGAAGAGCACAGGGCAUUGGGAGGGAACUGUGACAUCGACAUAGCCUACCAGUACUUGAGGUAUUUCAUGGCUGAUGACCUGAGACUGGAGGAGAUUCGGAAGCAGUACAGCAGUGGAGAGAUGCUUACUGGUGAAUUGAAAAAGAUCUUGGUAGACACCAUUCAACCCAUUAUUGCAAAUCAUCAGACAAAGCGAACCCAGCUUGACAAAGAAACUGUCAUGUCUUUCAUGACUCCUCGCCCCCUCAAAUUCCGGUUUUGA